UUGAGGUCUAACGCUGCCACACUUUUGGGUCUCGUUGGCGUUGCCGCUUUAACGAAAGCUACUUCCACGCACAGCUGAUUGCCGACAAGUGGCAACGCUGUCACAUUGUUUAAAUUGUUAUUUGAACCGGCAGCAGCUUUAAGCCCGGCUUAAACGUUUGUCGAAAGCAGAAAAAUGAGUAAAUUUAUUUAAGUAGAAAAGGGCAAGGAUCACGUCACAAUUUAAGAAUGAAAUCUGAAAGCAAUAAUGAGUUUGUUGUGCUCACAGAGGUGGUACAAAAGCAAUAUGUGCUCUAUUUGGAGCGUCAGCUGCGUGAGAACGUUUGCGCCUGGGCUAGCCAGUCAAGGAAUCGGCACAAGCCCACUGCAUGGGCCUGCAUCCCGGAGAGCCUGCACAAACUGGAGCAGAAGGCAGUAAAGGCCUGUAAGGCUGCCCAGGUGUAUCAGAGGGUCAUGGUCAAGACUAUAGCCGCUGUGCGAAGGAGCACGCAGGAGGGUCGCCUGGCCAAUAUUAUCUUUGACCAAAUGCAGAGCCAGUCACCGGAAGAUGCCAAGGAUGUGGCGCCAGCCAAAUUAGAUCAGACUUAUGUAGAUAAAGGCACUCAAACAAUAUGGAACGAAUCUCAAAACGGACAUGACUCCAAUUUAGAAGAUGAUAAUUUUGAAAGCUACGAAUUGAGCCGAAAAAUCGAUAUGUUUCAGGCCAGACUUCAGGAGUCGACGGAAGUUGAGGAUUCAAUCUGCCGACGAUGUCACUCUAAAAAUGUUAAGAAGAAGCAAAAUCUGCAUCCAGAUCAUGGUUCACCGUCCUCUGGAACCGAAGAUGCGGUGGCCCAGGAGCUGGCAAUGCUGUUUGGGGACGAGCACACCGACCUGAAUGAAAUCUUUGGCAUCGAAGCCUCGGCUGUAAACGACGAUCCGCAGAUCUCAGCGAUCCUGGAGGAGAUAGAGAACGCCGAGUUGCCCUACACCAGAAAGAUUGAAGAUCCUCCCUCGCCUCCCUCACAGCCACAGCAACAAAGCCAGGAGCUGGAUCUCCGCCAGAGUCGUUGGCCCUGCGAACUCUACGUUCAAAGGAUGAGACUCAGCGCAUGUAUGGUCCGCGUGCUGGAAGCGGACUGGCGCUGCGAGGACCGAUUGCGGUACAAGUUCCACGAGCUUUUCGGCGAGGACAGUGACGAUGAGUUUGCCACUGAAAUUUCCAGCCCCUCCAUUGACCUGGCGGAUGAAGUGCUGUUGGCCAGUUGUGUGUUCCGCAUACGUCCGUGGAUAGUUCGGCAUUUGAUGAGCCCCCUGGAAGAGGGGCUCAUAGCCAAUCGAUUUCUGUUCAAGAAGCUGGCCAAGUUGUUGGCCCACUCCAUUGUUUUGGUUAAUCCAUAUUGCUCCGAUAUGCAGAUUAAGCAGGCAGUGGAGCACUUGUUUUGCCUGCGUCCCAAAGGUAUCCAAAGCGCUUACGAUUUAGACAAUCUGCCUCCGUUGGAUGUGGACAAGUUUGAGUUGUGAAGGGCAUUAACUUAAGCUAUCUAACUUUAAGUACUUAAAUUUUAUAUUACAGUUAUGAUUUUAGAUUAGAAAUGGGCGAAAUGAAUCAGAGCUAAUGGAGCAAGAUACCUUCCCUAUAACACGUUGGAUACUAAGUAUUAUUUUGAAGUACAAAUCGAUAUUUGGUUAAAAAAUCUCUCAACUUUAAAGGCAUCUUUUGUACGAUGUAGUCAAGGAGACAGAUUUGUUAAUAAAG